GCCUCAAACCAGACGAGAAAGCCAAAGACGAUUCAACAAAAGAACCUAGAAAUGUAAUGGAUCCGUCACUUCAAAACUCCCAAGAUCAUCUACGUGAGCGGAAGCUACCAGAUGAAAAAGCGACAUUUGUUCAGAGGUUACUUAAAAUGAAUACCUAUGAAGAUGAUGAUGACAUCUAUUCCGUCAUUUGGGAUUUUGGAGUACAGUCUGUUUACUAUGAUACGCGUCCAAUUUUUCUCACACGAAAAGCCAUCUAUAUUUUGACUUGUGAUGUGAGUCGUGAUUCAUCCCACAAGGCCAACGCCCCUACGAAAAAAAGCAUGUCUGGGAAGAUAGAAGACACUUGCUGUAGCAAAACAAAUCUCGACUUUCUUGAUUUUUGGAUGUCAUCGGUCUAUUCUUCGCUUGGUUCAAAUACUAACCACCGGGAAACUCUGUUACCAGAAAUGUUACCUCCGGUGUUCUUGGUGUGUACGCAUGCUGACAAGCCCUACCGUACUGAUGUGGACCCUGGAGGUCUCGACAGCGAAAUAUAUAGCUUCCUAAAAGACGAAGUUUAUGGAAAACUUCUUAAAGGCCUUUUUGUGCUGGACAAUAGCAAGUCAGGGAGUGGUGAUGAAUGUCGAGGC